GAGAUGUUAGUCAGAAGUGUAGUUUUGGUUUACUGGUUUAUUCUCCUCUCAGUUUGAGCAGAUGCUGGGUCUCGCUCAGAGAUCUCAGGACGAGCUCUUCCACAUCGCUCUCUAUAACUGGCUGAUCCAGGCCGACCUCACAGACACACUCCUGGAGGUGAACUCGCCCUACCUCGAGGAUCAUCUGAUGCACAUGAUCAAGCAGGACCAGAGUAAAGUGCGUAACAUGGACCUUCUGUGGAGAUACUACGAGAAGAACCGAAGCUUUGGGAAAGCAGCACACGUUCUGGCGCGGCUGGCCGACAUGCACAGCACGGAGAUCUCUCUCAAGCAGCGUCUGGAGUACAUCUCCAGAGCCAUCCUCUCGGCCAAGAGCUCGUCCUGCGUCUCUUCACUGGGAGCCGACGGAGAGUUCCUGCAUGAACUGGAGGAAAAGAUGGAGGUGGUGCGGAUUCAGGUGCAGAUCCAGGAGACGCUCCGCAGACAGUAUUCCCAGCAUCCCUCAGUGCAGGGAGCUAUUACACAACUCGACUCUGAGCUCAUGGACAUCACCAAGCUGUACGGUGAGUUUGCGGAUCACUUCCGUCUGUCGGAGUGUAAGCUGGCCAUCAUCCACUGCGCGGGACACUCGGACCCCAUCCUGGUGCACUCGCUGUGGCAGGAGAUCAUUGAGAAGGAGCUGAACGACAGUGUGGCCAUGAGCUCGGCGGACCGCAUGAGAGCGCUGAGCCUCAAGAUCGUGUCUCUGGGGAAGUUAUACGCGGGAACGCCUCGAUACUUCCCGUUAGACUUCCUGGUCAAGUUUCUGGAGCAGGAAGUGUGCCGGUUGAACUGGGACGUGGGGUUCGUCACCUUCACCAUGCAGGAGAUCGGAGUUCAGCUUCCACGACUGCUGGAGGUGUACGACCAGCUCUUCAAGACACGGGACCCGUGUUGGCAGCGCUUUAAGAAACCGCUUCACCUGGUGGAGUGCAUCCAUGUGCUCCUGUCCGGAUACGUGAAUGACCCCAGCCGAGUGCCCACCUACGACAGGCGGAGGUUUACUAACGCCUGUCUGGAUAACAUCUGCGGAUAUCUGGUGGAGCUGCAGUCCUUGAGUCCAAACGCGGCUCUGCAGGACAUUAUACGCAACUUUAAAUCCCUUCAGACCAAACUAGAGAAGCUCCAUUGAUGACAAUGAAGGACGUUUUCUUCUUGAUGUUUUUUUUCUCUUCGCACCAGGAGUUCAGUCUUUAUAUUUACUGGCAAUGAAUAAUGUUGACUCGUCCUGCCAUGGAAAUGUCCAACAGACAUCUGAAAUAAACACUUCUGAUGUGUAUUCUUGUGGUCAUCAGCGGCGUGUAAUACAUGAUUUUAAUUUCUUAUUCAGUUCAUCAACUGUCCGAAGAGGCACUUACUCUAAAUGUUUUUAGUUACCAAUCUAUGGUUGGUAACU